CCCGACUGCUCUUACCAUUGUUUGUUUGUUUCGCCCUCACAAGGAAGGCUGAAUCAGAGCAGGGACUACUACCAAUAUCUUGAAGCAACGAACUUGUGGCAUUGCUACAACACUUGUUGCCCUCCUCCAGCGGUUGCUUGCUCGCGGACAGGCGGGUAUGGCCAGCUCGUCAGGUCGUUGUGUCAGUUUGGCGUGCUACCGGCACACUCUAUCGACUUCACCACCUUCAUCAAAUAUUCUCACAAAUGUCGGAAGCGGGCAAUGUUUCCAUCUUAUCAAAAUACUCAAGUUGCAACUCGAAGCCUCGCGCUGCUCUCUUUCCCAUGACACCAGCCAUCAACCUCACGGAUAUAAGCUGUUUCAACUGCCGCGCGAGGUAGACACUGCAACACUCAAGACUCUACGAGAGUUCCUCCCUCACUUGAUCUCUAGAACUUCGUCUUGGCGUAUUCAAAACCACAGCUUCCUAACAGCGUCUUUCUCCGGGUUCCCCCGGACGCCUGUAAGGUAUUUAUCGGUAUUGUAUAAGGACUUUAUCACAUUGCAGAGCCUUGCCUUCACACUCUCUUUCUUAGACAGAUUCCGCGAUAUGUCUAAAACACUCUACAUAGUCACGUUUGGUGUCUGAGUUAACGUCUUACCGCGGUCCGGUCAUCACGUCUGCGAUGUAAUGCUCUUUGCUGACAUCUGGUUUGGCCCCUCAUCCGCUCACCAUCGCAUCAACAACUUGAAGGACCAUCCUACCCCGACAGAGAGUACAAUUAGUUGGAUGGAAUGACAGGUUUUAGCCAGAAAAAAUCCGAGAGCCACCUCGCUUUCGCCCUUUCACAAAAUUAGCGAACGCUC